AUGGAGUCACCGUUUGUUCGUAAUUACUCACAUCCAGCCUUCCGCGGUCGGAAUAUCAUUAUGGAAGGAUUAUUUGUUAAAGCAGAUAAAAAAUUUCUUGUUUGUUUGAAUAAGACUCAUUUGUUAUAUCGAAACAUUGAACAGGGUACAGGAACUAUUGCAUUUGAAGAUAUCCUAUCAGUGAAAUAUAACGACACCAGUUUCACUGUCAUGUAUGCCGUGAAGACCGUAUCUAAGAAACUAGUGCAAGAAAAUAUAACAUUCUAUGGUAGUGAAAGUAAAAAUAUUGGUCAGAAAAUUCAAGAAUAUAUUGACAAUAACAAUAGAAGACCUAAACAAUUAUUGGUGUUUAUAAACCCUAACAGUGGUAAGAGACGAGCCGUUAAGGUCUACUAUAGAAAAGUCAAACCAAUAUUUGAUAUGUGUGGUAUUCAGUCAAAUGCUAUAGUAACCAAAAAACCUGGUGAGGCCAAAGAAAUUUUACAGAAGUACGAUCUAUCUUUAGUUAACGGAAUUAUAACUGUCGGAGGGGAUGGUCUAUAUUGUGAGUGCAUGACUGGAUUAGUACUCAGAGCCCAGUCAGAUGCAGGCAUCAAGUACGACUCGCCUGAGGCUAAGAUUGUCGCAUCUGCCAUACCCAUUGGUAUAAUUCCGGCAGGGUCUGGUGAUUACAUAGUACAAUAUUUACAUGGUACCAGAGAUGUUAAGACGGCUGCUUUACAUGUUAUACUAGGUCAAAGAACGGAUGCUAAUGUUGUUGGAGUCCACCAGGGUGGAAAGUUAAUGGCGUAUUCUGGCUUGUUGUUGGGGUUUGGUUUGUUUGGCGACAUCAUGUACGAUUGUGAGAAGUUCAGAUGGAUGGGUGCAUCAAGAUUCAACAUAAUACCGGUUGGGACUGUGCUAAGACGCCGAGCUUUUGAUCUGGAAGUUGAAUAUCUUCCUGCUGGGGGAAAAGAAUGGCAGAAAAGUGAAGGAACCAUGUAUGGAGUAGAUACCUACGUGGUUUCAAGAGUUGCCAAGAAAGAGAAAAUGGUGCCACAUUUUGGAGAUGAUGCUAUGACUGUUUACCUAACCAGUAAAUGUAGCUUAAGUAAACAUGUUAAACAAUUGGCUCAAGUACAGGACCAUAAAGCUGGUUGUUUUGACCAUGAUUUCGUCCAACAACACCGAGUCGAUGGAUACAAGAUUCGUCUUACAAGAGCACUUUCAACCCAAAACGAUAACGGUGAAACAGUGUUAGAAGACAAGUACUAUGUUAAUUGUGAUGGAGAAGUAUUGACAUUGACUCAUCUAGAAAUAGAAGCUAGGUUCCAUAGAAAUGUUGUACAGUUGUUUGGACAAGCAACAAUAUAA